AUGGCAGCUGCCGGAGAGAACUUUUACGUGGCUACUGGUGACAGCAGAGGCCUGGUGGUCCCUGCGGACCUGAUACACCAAACACAGAGAGUCCUGGAUCAGAAGCCGGCGCUGGGGAUCCCUUACUCUGGAUCCCUCCUUAGAGGAACAUGGAGGAAGUCAGGGCUCCUCGUACAGCUGGGAGCCUUUCAGAUCAUGAACGCCUUCUUCCACAUUUUCACAGGAAUCUACUUGGCAACUGCUGGGAAAAAUCUUCAUGUAGUUGCGAUAAAGUCUGGGUACCCAUUCUGGGGAGGAUGCUUAUUCUUCUGUUCAGGAAUCUUAUUGAUCAUCGUGGAAAGGCACAGGAAGCUGAAGAUCUUGACCAUGACUGUGAACGCCAUUGGCUGCUUCUGCACACUGGGUGGGCUCUUUGUUUUCCUGAAGGAUUUAUUCUGGGAAUGUCCCUUUGACUUCCCCAUCUGGAGGCCCUAUCCCACGGCCACGGUGCACCUGCAGAGGCUUGAAUUCGGAUUGCUGAUCUGCUCGAGCCUUGAGUUCAUCACACUAAUCUGCGCCAUGACUUUGUUGUACAGGACCAACCUGUCAUCGAAGACAGAUGCUCUGGGUUCGACGCCCCCAGAGUACCCUGCUGAGCCGGCUUCCCCUCCUCCACCUUACGAAGCGGUGAUUUUUGAAAACAAGACAGAAACGGCAGAUCCCUGACUGACCACGCACAAGAGGCUGGCCCCACUCAGUGCCCCUUGUGUUGGUUGGUGAGGAAGCCCCGUCCGAAUAUCGGAAGAAAUGGGAAGGGUGGUAAA